CUCAGAUCAGAGUGGUUACCUGCGCGCGCGCUCUCGCCCGUGUGCAUGCGCUCUCUCCGACUCCUGUCCAAACAUUUCGUCGUUGGAUGUUUGCUCAAGAUAAAAAGACUUCAGCCUCUCCUCUCGCCAGGAAGCCAGCGCCGCAGCAUGGAGUACUGCACGCCUCAGCCGCCUCGCCGUCACAACCCCGUAGACAGCAUCUGCCGCAAGCUGCAGACCAUCCAGUGGCGCGGUGACCGGGAGCCCAACUCGCCCUUCCAGAUCCCCAAGCUCUCCUCCAGCAGCUACGACAGUCCCCAGAGCGGCCUGCGGCGCAACCUGGAGGCCAUCCUGAAGAAGCGGGCGCUUUACACAGACGAGGGGGGGAAGGAGAAGGGAGUGGCAAUGCCGACCCCUCCGGCAUCUCAGAAAAGCAGCCUGGGUCUGUCCGUUCCCUUGUCCAGCACCCCUGCGUGCAACCCGAACGUCACGUACACCAUCACGAGCACCCUGGGGGAGCGGAGAGGGGCCGACGGGACUGAUUCUCAGCAGGUCAAGCCCUGGCGGAAGUAUUCCUCAACGCCCUCCUGCCAGCAGGACUCUCCUUACUUCACGCUGACGCAGGGACUGAAUUCGGUGGAGGCGGAGAGCCAGAAGCCGAGCAGGGACUCCUUCCUGUCUCGCACCUUCACCCCGAGCCAGACCACCCUCUCCUACAACCUCAACUUCUGCGCGGCGGACGCCGCCGACUCCACGGACUGCGAGCUUCCUUAUCCGGCUCUGGUGGUGAAACGGCUUUCACUGGGAGAUGGAGGGCCGUCGCUCGCCUCGGAAAGCAGGAGGGACAACAUGGCAGAAAUCAGCCUCAUCUGCGAGGAGAAUCUGCUCGACACCAUCUUCCACGCCUGUGACACCCAGCGCAGAGGCAAGGUGUACGUGUCCCACAUCGUGGACUACCUGCGGCACACGACCAGCCGCGGCUCGGCGGACAGCGGCCUGGAGGAGCUCUGCAACAUGCUGGACCCGGAGCAGAAGGACGUGUCCAUCGACCUGGAGACCUACCACGCCGUCAUGAGGGAGUGGAUCGACGACCGCCGCAACAACGGGUGCGACAUUCUCGGCCUGAUGGACCACCAGUCGGUUGAUAUCACUCAAGAUUUAUUAAAACCCCAAGACAGCCUGUCUGCCAAGAGGUCCAUGCUGCUCAACAUGACUUCGGGGAGCCUGGAGGCGUUUGGAGGGGAGGCGUCCAGAGCAGAAUUUGAGACGUCGGAGCUGGUGUACUGCGUUGCCGACCUCCAGAUGUGCAAACAGAAGCUCCAGGACGAGGUCAGGAAGCUGAAGCUGGUGGUGGAGAGCAUGGAGGAGGGCAACCAGAAGCUGGCAGAGGAGAACGAAGAGCUGCGCAACCAGGCCCGAGCUAACCAGCAGCUGGCGCAGAAAGAGAAGAUGCUGACUGAGGAGGUGGAGGAGAUGAAGGCCACUCUGAGCUGCACAGAGGAAGGCAGAGCUCGCGCCUCCGCGCACUGCAAGAAUGUGGAGAAAGAAAACCAGAGUCUCAUUGCCAAGAUUGCUUCUCUUCAGGAAGAGAACUUCAAGGUCACCAUGGAGAUGGACGAGCUUCAGAAGAGAAUAACAGAGCUGUGUGACAUUAACGCUGACCUUCAGGUGCAAAUUCACGCUUUCGAUGCUGUGAUCAGUGAGAAAGAAGCAGCGAUAUCGGAGAAGAGCAGACAGAUAGAUGAGCUGAAGUCGACCGUGGAGGAAUACUCCUCCGUCACAGAGCUGCUGAGGGUGCACAAGAGCAAGCUGGAGAGCCAGAUCCAGAUGAUUCUCCCAGACCUGGCCGGGGUCACUCUGCCUCUGUCGGUGGCGUACAGACUGAACCAGAGCAGCUUAGGAUCCCUUCAGACAGAACUGGCUCUGGCGCAGUCGCCACUGGAGCCUCCCAACGCAGGCGACCACGUCUCCCCCGCCGUGAGCUUCGUCUCGCCGCUGGACGAGACUCUGGACAAAGAAGUGCUGCUGAUGCUGCAGGGUCCCACUCCUGAGCACAUGUCCCUGGAGUUCAAGAGUCUCUUAAACAAGCUGAAAGUGGAUUUCAGAGAAGAAGCCGACUCCGUCUUAUCUACCGUCACGCGCUUGUUGGACGACCACACGCAGCCAGUGGACGGCACGGACGCCGGUCUCCAGACGGUGCGGGCCGAGCUGGACGCCCGGAGGGCGGACUGGGUCCUCAGCCUGGACCAGCUGGCCCAGUACACGGACUCUCUGGAGAAGGAGCUGAUCAAAAUGGCCAGCAACAUGAGGAGGUCCCGCACGGAGAUCCUGCACCUCUCGGUCAGGGUGCAGGAGCAGGAAAACCAGAAGCGGCAGUUGUGCGACGAGCUUGAGCAGCUAAAGACGCCUCAGGACAGCAGGGAGGCCUCGUCCCAGACCCCUGCACCCGAGGACGAGCCCGGAGAUGACCUGGACUGGGACGAGGAGUUCGCCCUGCAGGACUUCCUGAAGAACGAGCUCGCCGAGAGAAACUGCCAGCAGGCGCCGGACGGAUGCGGGGACGGCGGGCCCGGGGAGUCGGCGGACAAGCGGCGGGCGGACGGCGGGGAGGAGGAGGACGGGGAGGAGAGGUGGACGGUGGUGGACAGGACGGGAGAGGCCGAAGUGAGGGACACCUCCACUCCUCUCUCGGCCACUGAAGACUCUGCAGCCUGCACAGAGCCAGAGACGGCGGCGAACUCUCAACUCUCGCAGGGAGACGCGGCGGACCCGUCGAGCGCCCACACACAAGCUGUCAGCGUUGGACACCCAGAGGCGGAUGCUCUCCCCGAUCAGUCCCACUCAGAGAACAACACAGCGCCGGAGGUUUGUGAGAAAGCAAAGACUGACUCAUGUGAUCCGGAACAAACCCCCAACGGUCCGCCGGAACCGGACCGGACCAUCACACCUGUAAAGACCCCCCCGGACGCAGCUGACAUGGUUUCUCCCACCGCUCUGGAUGAAACCAUUACUCACUCUGAGAGCGCCCAGAAGACCGGCGGGGACCUGAACGAAAGCGGCGGCGACUCUGCUGCAGGAGACAUGAUCCGUUCUAAGAGCCUCAGCCAGGAUCAUUCAGCAAACAGAUCGGCAGCAGAGGACAGCACGAGUCUGUUACCCGCAGUGCCGGAGGAGGAGGAGAGUCUGCAGGACGGUGCGUCUGAGGAUCCCGUCGUCGUGGCAGCGGCUGACCGGCUCACCGGCAGCGCCCCAGCCUCCGGCUCGGACGGCGCCUCAGCCACCGCGAAUGCCAGCCAGCCGGGGAGUGGCAUGACCUCUGACCCCGGCCAGUCGGAGGUCAGCGAGGCCAAAAAGGACUCCGACCUCCGUGGCAAAAAUAAAAGGGAACUGGAGCUGGCACGAGGCGGGGCGGCCGCGGAGGAGCACAAGGAUCAGGAGGACCAGAGUGAUGCCGGCAUGGCCAACGAGAAGGAAUCUGAGGUAUCAAACCUCUCUGAAAGCGACUUUAAAGGGGAUAAAAACAGCCUGUCGCCCACUGACAAAGAGAUUGAGACGGAGUUCCAGCGUCUGGCGCUGGGCUUCAAGUGCGACAUGUUCACCCUGGAGAAGAGGCUUCGGCUGGAGGAGCGAUCGCGGGACCUCGCCGAGGAGAACGUCCGGCGGGAAGUGUCCAGCUGCCAGGGCUUACUGCAGGCUUUAAUUCCUCUCUGCGAGGACGACAAUCAGUCCAUGGAGAUCAUCCAGAGGCUCCAGAAAAACCUGGAUAUCCUCAUCCAGUCCAUGACCAGGGUCUCCAGCCGCUCCGAGAUGCUGGGAGCCAUUCACCAGGAGAGCCGCAUCGGGAAGGCGGUGGAGGUGAUGAUCCAGCACGUGGAGAACCUGCGGCGGCUGUACACCAAGGAGCACGCCGAGCUGCUGGAGCUCCGGGAGGCGCUCAUGCAGAACGAGCGCUCCUUCGGAUCGCAGACGGAAAGAGACGACUUCCGUGGCAAGAAGCAGACGUCGUCUCAGUACUACAAGUCCUCGGCUCGGCGGGUCAGCAUAGCAGCGAUCCCUCGUUCGGGCGGAGGAAACAUGCACUUCGACAUGUCCAAAAUGCAGGAUUGUUCAGAGGCAGAAGCAGAGAGACUGACCAGGCGAUCUCCGUGGAACGUGGCGGGAAAGAGCGCGGCGCGUCCCCCACUUAAACGCUUUGUUAGCUCUGCAGCCUGGGUUGAAAGUGAAGAGCCCUCGCUCAUGAUGAAGGGGACGGCCUGCACCACCGCAGACAGCCAGGCGGAGGAUGAGCUGGAGGAGGCGGCAGUGGCAGAGAGGAGGAGGUCCAGCCUCAGUGAGCUGGGCAGCAAACUCACCUCUCUCAUUCUGCCCCUGAAGACUCCGAGCCCUCUAUCCAGCCCCACGUCCUCGGACCCGGGGAUGGCCCAUUCCCUGUCCCACAGCCUGACGAGUUCCCGGGCGGCGGCGGCGGCGGUAGCCAGGGGGGGCCGGGGGCUCUGGCUUUGGUUGGCCAUCGUGGUGGUCUUAGCAGGCCUCCUGGCGCUGCUGGCCAGCCUUGUGAUGCAGCCGGCGGUGGAUGCCGCCCCCGUGGGCACCGGGGACUCCUGGAUGACCAUCCAGCAGCUGCUGUGGCCGUACACGGGGCUCCGGCACAACGCGCAGCCCCCGGUCUAACCCCCCCGGGCGAGCGGCGCUACUCACCGCCCGUCCGCCGUCUGAAGAGAUUCUGUGAGCAUCGCGAUGGAAACGGGGGGGAAACAAACACACCGCCGUCCUGAGAUGUUUGGAUGUUACCGGUGCCUGAAGAUUCCUUUAAGACUUGCAUUGACAGCACUGGCCAGACCCUGAUGAGGAGGAGGAGUUCUUUUUUUGUUAGUUUUUUUUAAUGCAUCACAUCACGUUUGCAGAAUUAGUUUAGCCUCUGUGUGCGUGUGUGUGCGCACGUGUCUGUGUUUAACAGAGUGAGUACAGCUGGUCCUUCACAGCGAUCCGCCUCAGACUGCGGGAACCUGGAGUCAGCACAACCCGUCAGUCAUGACUGCGAUGAUUUUAAUAGCUGCAUCCAUUGUGCCACACAGCUUUUUAACUGCAUUUCAUGGACUUGAGGCACUGCCAGCCUUUUCAACUGAACUUUACUUUUGUUUCUUAUGGGUUGCAGAGAGCGUUUUAUAAGUCUUAGGUCUGAAACACUGGUAAUAAAACUCUCAUUUUAAGUGUUGAUGAAAUCUAUAUUUAUGAGUUUCUUAGCUUUGAGUUGGAAAAUGUGAAUGUUUAUUUUUGUUAAGUUAUAAUUCUCAACUGUUCAGUCUUAACACCAAAGUUUUUCUUCUUUUUUUUUUAUAAUCUUGUUCAAGUUCUUGCUGUGGUUAUGUCACCAUUUUCAACUUCAUACACUUUUUGUAUGUUCCAAAGAAAAUGUGUGGAUCUUUGCACAAAUAAAGUAGCCAAUUCUA